AUGUCUGGCGCAGCAAAUAGACAGGGCAAGAUGCAAAACCUAAUCAAUUACCGCAUGAAGGUCACACUUCAGGAUGGCAGGCAGAUGGUUGGGCAGAUGCUCGCGUUCGACAAGCACAUGAAUCUCGUUCUCGCCGACACAGAAGAGUUUCGACGCACGCGACGAAGAGGCAAGGCCGCACCCGGCGCAACACAGCAAGUCACCGAGACAGAGGAGCGCCGCGCAAUUGGACUCACCAUCAUUCGUGGCGCGCAUGUCAUCUCACUGUCAGUCGAUGGACCGCCUCCCGCAGAUCCUGCGGCGCGAUUGGGAGCGACCAGCGGAGCCCCUACCACGGCCGCAACGUUGGCUGCUGGACCUGGUGCCGCACGACCUGUUGGCCGCGGUCUACCCGUAGGCCUAACUGGUCCCGCUGCUGGUGUUGGUGGCCCAGGUCCUGGCUUUGGAGCAGGUUUCCCAGGCGCACCAGGGGGCUUUGCAGGACCGCCUGGUUUCCCAGGGCGUGGUGGCCCACCCGGUGGACCACCUGGCUUCCCCCCCGGGGGACCUCCUGGAUUCGGUGGACCUCCCGGCUUCGGCGGCCCGCCUGGCUUUCAGGGUCGUGGUGGACCCCCUGGAUUCGGUGGCAGAUAA